CGGAAGUGUUUUUUUCCGGAAGAACGAUGAUUGCGUUGUAUAGAUCAUGGAGGAAUAAUGUUUCCGUGGAUAAUGCGGGAGGCUAGCGAAAAUGUUUACUAGCGAUUGUCGGUUUUUGUAACACAUCCCCGUGCAGAAAACAACAAAUAGCAGAUACAAUAAUAACAAUAAUACGCUAUUGUGUGAUGAAACGAUGCCGCUGGGGUUGAAGCCGUGUUGUGCGGUGUGUAAGACGAACUCGUCGUCGAUGUGGAAAAAGGGAAACCAGGGAGAAAUCCUCUGUAACAACUGCACAGCUAAAAGCACCGUGACAGGAGCGUCAGGCCUGGCGGUGUCCUCCAGCACGCAGCAGAGUAAUGGCGGGGGGAAACAGUCUAAACAGGAAAUUCACCGACGGUCAGCUCGAUUAAGAAGCACCAAGUACAAGGCGCCGGCGUCUGAGAAGAAAGUUUCAUCAAAAGGAAAAGGAAGACGGCAUAUUUUCAAACUUAAAAACCCUAUUAAAGCUCCGGAGUCUGUUUCCACCAUAAUCACAUCAGAGUCGAUCUUUUACAAGGGUGUUUACUAUCAGAUAGGGGAUGUGAUAAAGGUGAUAGACGAAGAGGAUGGGAAACCUUAUUUCGCACAGAUCCGUGGCUUCAUUCAGGACCAGUACUGCGAGAAAAGUGCUGCGUUAACAUGGCUGAUUCCUACACAGUCCAGUCCGAGAGAUCACUUUGAUCCUGGCACUUACAUACUUGGUCCAGAAGAGGAUUUGCCCAGAAAAAUGGAGUACCUUGAAUUUGUUUGCCACGCACCAUCGGAAUAUUUCAAGUCAAGAAGCUCACCAUUUCCAACGAUGCCCAUUCGCCCAGAGAAAGGCUACAUCUGGACCCAUGUUGGACCUACGGCCACUGUGGCAAUCAAGGAAACUGUUGGUUGUAAUUAGAUGGAACUUUAUGAACUGAAAUAAAUAUACAAAUAUUGA